AUCGGACUAAGAAGUUAGUUGUGUUAGCGGGUAAAGCGCGUGUCGUUUAAAUUUUAAUGUUUUUAUUUUUCUAAAGAUACAAAUUUUUUUGUAAAAUACUACAAUAUUCUUUUUUUUUUUUGGCAAACUUAUGUCAAUUACAAAAUUUGACAUACAAUAAAUGAAACGAUCAUUUAAAGAUCAAGCUAAAUGAUCAAAUAAUAAAAAAAAACAAUAAAUUUAAAUAUACUAGUAAAUGGUGGUUUUAAUUUACAAUACACAGUAAAAGUUAAAGAAAAUAAAUAUAUAUAUAUUUUGCCCAUCAGCACCAUUAUUUGUCAGUUUUUUUUUUUUUAAAUUCAUUUUUAUAUGAAUGAUCAAAAUAUAUGUAAAUGACUGUGUGUUUAGUUAGCCUCAAUUAUCUUUAAUUGUUGGCAUAAUUUGUCAACAGCAGUGAAAUUAAAUUAAACCAUUUUUCCACCACAAUUGAGCAAAAAUUAAAAAUAAACGAAACGAAACUAAAAAUACCAACCAUUCAUGAGUGAAUGAAUGGGUUCGGUCCAUUUGACUUUUUCGCACAAUUGAUGACCAACUAGUAAAGAUAAUUAAAAUAAACACGCGAGUUUAAGUUUAAACAAGAAAAAUAUACAAGAAAACUAAACAAAUUAAAAGUCUAAUAUGAAAAAUUAAAUUAAAAAAAUCUAAACAAAAGUUAAUUAAAAAAAAUGGUCUCAGCUACUAAAUCUUUAAAUUGUUUAACAAAUAAUUAUAAUUCUUUAAAAAUGUUUAAUGUUAUAAAACAAAAAUGUAAAACUUUAUACAUUUCAUCGAAUCGCGUUAAUAAUUUGCAGAAGUUCUUAUUGCUAAUUUUGAUUUCUUCCUCAAUUUUUAAUACUGCUACGGGUGCUUCAUUACAUCACAAAGAUUACCGCAGUGCGGGUUUAUUUGCUUUAAAUAAUUUUACGGAUUUAUAUGAUGCAUCAUCAUCAUCCUCCUCCUCUUCGUCGUCUUCUAUUAAAACCAUGGAUUUAACAAGUGUUGAACUGAAUAGUAUUGAUGUGGGCGAUUUCGAUCCGGCUGCUGCAUCAAGAAAUUUACAAUUGGGUACAAAAGAAAAUACAG